AUGAGUAUCUGGAAUCCACCCAGACUCCUGGACCUGGUGGGAAUGAGCCUGCUGAGGGAUGAGGCCUUGGCCUUUGCUGCUCUGGAGGAUCUACCCACAGAGUUCUUCCCAUCACUGUUCAUGGAGGCCUUCCAUGGGAGACACAGUGAGACCCUGAAGGCCAUGGUGCAAACCUGGCCCUUUGUACGCCUGCCUCUGGGAGGCCUGAUGGAGAUGCCUCAUGUGGGGACCUUACAAGCAGUGUUGGAUGGGCUUGAUGUCCUGCUUGCCCAGAAGGAUUGCCCCAGGAGGUGCAAACUGCGGGUGCUGGAUUUAAGGAAUACUGGCCAGGACUUCUGGAGCAUGUGGUCUGGAUCCAACGUCCGUGUGUCCUCAAGCUCAUCAAUGGCACCAGUGGCUGAGGACAGGUCAAGGACAGAGCAGCCCUUGGCUCCCUUGGAGGUGUUUAUAGAACUUUGCCUCAGUGAAGGGACCAUGGAUGAAUUCUUUAUCUACCUCAUGCAGUGGGUGGAGAAGAGAAAAGUUUCCAUACACCUGUGCUGUAAGAAGCUGAAAAUUGUUACAAUGUCCAUGGAAAAUAUUAUGAAGGUCCUGAAUAUGGUGCAACUGGACUGUAUCCAGGAGGUGCAAGUGAAUUGCACCUGGCAUCUGUCCACCCUGGCCGUGUUUGCUCCUCUCCUGGGCCAGAUGGGUAAUGUGCAGAGACUCUUUCUCUCCCCCAUUCUUGUGUCUGCCUUUGAGGAGUUGGAACAGCAGCACGUUGUCCAAAUUACCUCUCAGUUCCUCAGGCUGCACCACCUCCGGGGUCUCCGUAUGGAAUCUCCCUCCUUCCUCCAAGGUCGCCUGGACCAGAUUUUCUCUCCCAGGUGCCUGAAGACUCCCUUGGAGAACCUCGCAAUAACUCACUGCCUGAUUACAGAAUCAGACUUGAAACAUCUGUCCCAGUGCCUGAACAUCAGUCAGCUAAAGGGCCUGGAUCUGAGUGGUGUCCCACUGACUGACGUUAGUCCUGAGCUCCUCCAAGUUCUGCUGGAGAAAGUUGCAGCCACGCUCCAGGAACUGGACUUAAAUCUGUGUGGAAUCAUGGACUGUCAACUUGAGGCCAUCCUGCCUGCCCUGAGCCACUGCUCCCAGCUCAGGACCUUCAGCAUUUGUGGGAACCUCCUCUCCAUGGCCAUCAUGGAGAAGCUGCUGCGUCAUACUGAUGGACUGCCCAGUUUAAUCCUAGAGCUGUAUCCUGCCCCAAGGGAGAGUUACAGCUCUCAGAGAAUUCUACACCUGGGACGACUUGCCCAGCUUCAGGCUGAGCUGAUUGAGAUUAUGAGGAACUUAGGAAGAGAUUCAGAAAGGAGGAAAGCACCUGAAGAAAAGAUGAAGAAGCCCCGGAGGAAGUGA